AUGGACACAGAUCGCCACCACCAAGGGUCAAAUACCAACAGCAAUACCAACAACAGCAGCAACAACUUCGGCCCUCCCUCUUGGAUGGAAGUCGGAGACAUGAAUUCCUCCCAGCACUCGCCCACCCUUCCUGAUUUCCACAGCAUGGGCUAUGGCUCUCACCCCAUCAUGCCCUUGGACUCAUCAUACGGCCUGUCAAUACCUCCGCCAUACGCCUCGCUGCCAUUGACCGUCCCGUCGCACCAAUGGCCCAGCUUGAUCGCAACGCAAUCGCAUUUCCCGGAUUCUGGUCUCUCGUCGCAUCCUGCUCUUCCUGGUGUUUCUCAGGUUGCGCCUCAGCAGUCGGGACGUAAGUCGUCGACUAGUAGUGCUGCGCCGCGGAGGACGCUUACGGAUGAGGACCGUCGACGGAUGUGUCUUUAUCAUGAGGAGCAUAAGACGGCGAAGCAGACGGAUAUUGGAGCCUUGUUUGGUGUGGAAAGAAGUACGGUUUCCAAGGUUCUGCGCCAAAAGGAGAAGUACCUGAAUGCAGAGGAUACAACACGAUCUCCCAUUAAGCGCACCAAAUGA